GACUCGUCAAGAUGCUGAUACACAAAUUAGUUGCAUUUUCUUUAAUAAAUGUUUUAGUACUUUUGAAUACUGGUUGUUGUCAUAAAAUAAAAUGCCAUGAUAUAAGAAGAGAUUCUGAAAUAUUUACUCUUAACGAUGAAUUGCAGGCCAUCAAAAUGGACCUAGUAGAUAUGAGAUUAACUCAAGAGCAAAUAAUAUUUAAUCUCUCACAAUCAGUUACAGAAAUAAACCAAAAGCUAACAGUAGAAAAAUCAAAUUAUCGCAAGAGCUGCGCUGAAGCAUUGCUUGGUGACGACAAGGAGAGUGGUAUUUAUAAACUAUAUAUUCCAGAAUCAGAUUUAAAACCAUUUUAUGUCUACUGCAUAUCGGAUCCCAAUAAUGGUACUGCUUGGACAGUUAUUCAGCGACGUGUAGAAAGCAGUAUAAAUUUUUUCGUUGAUUGGGAUACAUACAAAUCAGGAUUCGGUAAUUUGGCAGGUGCUUUUUUUAUUGGAUUAGACAAAUUACACGCUUUAACACAAUCUGAAAUAAAUGAAUUAUGGAUAAAUUUAGAAGACUUCGAAGGUCAAAAGCGUUCCGCAUAUUACGACUCUUUUGCUAUCGGUGAUGAAUCAACUAAAUAUGCAAUAAACAUUUUGGGUAAAUAUACAGGAGAUGCCGGCGAUUCAUUUGGUCCCCAUGAGGGUCAAAAAUUUUCAACAAUAGACGUUAAUAAUGAUAUAUCAACUAAAGAUUGUGCUAAACUUUUCAAAAGUGGCUGGUGGUAUCAUGAUUGCUUAGACAGUUUCAGUUCUAAUUGCAACUUAAACGGUGAAUAUGGUACAAAUAAUACGACUGGAAUUUAUUGGGGCAAUUGGCAUGGAGGAGAAUAUACUUUAAAAGGCACAGUGAUGGCAAUCAGACCAAAAAAGUAAGGCCUUUCGGUAUUACUGAACUAAUAUUUGAUAUAUAUUUUAUAAUAUAAUAUAAUAAUUUUAAAAACUAGUACAUCGGAUAUAAAUCUGUAAUUACAUGUUGACUAAAAUGAUUUUACUCGUA